UCAGUAAGUGUUACAGUAUCUCACUCACAGCAGAUCUGGGUGGAAGUUACAAGAAACCCUAAGCAGGACAGUCUCGGAGACGCAACUCAACAUUCAGAAACAGCAGUGAGAGAAAAAGAAAGAAGAUGGCCAGCGGAUCAGACCCCGCGAGAGAAGACAGAGAAGCAAACAGAAGCCAAUCAUCUCUGCUUAUUGAAAGGAAAGACUUGUUUGAGGAGACCAGCUCUGUUAUAUCAGGAGGCCCCCGUGUUUAUAAGUUGGUUCUACAUGAGGAAUAUGCACAAGGAAAGUACAGAAAACUGCAGUUUGGGACUGAAAACCCAUUAAAACAACACAAAAUAAUAAUGUUGGUGGGAGCAACAGGAUCAGGUAAAACAACUCUCAUCAAUGCUCUGAUCAACUACAUCCUGGGAGUAAAAUGGGAAGAUAAUUACAGGUUGAUUCUCAUUAAGGAAAAUACAAACAGGAGCCAAGCCCACAGCCAGACCUCUGAAGUCACUGCCUACCAACUCAAUUAUAUAGAGGCAUUUACUGUCCCCUAUAACCUGACAAUCAUUGAUACCCCGGGGUUUGAUGACACAAGGGGCCGAGACCAUGACAAAGAGAUUCCCAAGCAGCUGAAAUUAUGUUUUGACUCACCCGGGAGUAUUAGUCACAUUGAUGCCAUUUAUUUUGCACUUCAGUCCAGUUUGGCUCGUUUGACAAGUACACAAGAAUAUAUUUUUGGAUCAAUGUUGUCAAUUUUUGCAAAGGAUAUAGAGAAGAACAUACAGAUCUGUGCUACGUUUGCAGAUGCCGGGAAACCAAUGGUCUUACAGGCGCUUAUUGAAUCCGAAGUCUCAUGUGUAAAGAACAAAAAAGGAAUUCCUGUGUAUUUCAAGUUCAAUAAUUGUGCUCUGUAUGUAAAGAAGUCAGAGGAAGAGGAGGAGGAUGAUGAUGAAGAAGAAAAAAAUGACAAUUCAUUUCUUAAGGGGAUGUGGGAUAUAGGAAAAACAGAAUCAGAAAAGUUGUUAAUUGAUUUAGAAAAAAUGGAAUCGAAAAGUCUACUUUUAACAAAGGAAGUGUUAAAAGAGAGGCAGACACUCGAGGACAAAUUAGUUCAGCUACAGGGAAUUACUGAGAAAAUUGCACUGGACAACAAAGAGUUAUCCAAACUCAAUCAUAAUUUGAAAGGCAUUGAACAAAUUAUUGGAAUGAACAAAAAUUAUAAAGGUGAAGAACAUAAAGAUGUAAACAAAAAAAUCCCAAUACAUGGAGGGGUAUAUAACUGUGAAAGGUGUGAAGAAACAUGUACACGUAAUGGAUUCUUGUUGCAAGAAACUUGGAAUGUGGUUAAAUGGGGUUUAAGCAAGAAGUUCUGCUUGUGUGACCACGAUAAGAGCGCACAUAGAUAUCAGAGUUUCGAAUGGAAAAAAGAGAGUGUAACCAUUGUGAAUAUUAAUGAAGAUAUGAAAAAAAAAUAUGAGGAGGCAUGUAAACAGGAAAAAGUCACUAAAAAGGAGAUUGAAAAUAAGGAGAUUGAAACGAAAAAGAAGCAAACAGAACGAAAGGAGCUUAUUGAGAAAGUUGCUCGUGUUCUCAGAUGUCUACAAAAAAUCUCUCUAAAACCCAACCCACUCACUGUCACUGAUUAUAUUGAUUUGCUUAUCAGUAAAGAGAGACAAGAAGGGAAACCUGGAUUUCAAGAGAGAAUUGCUUCCCUGGUGGAAUUCAAAUCAAAUCUCAGCAAAUAAGUAAAAAAAUCAGAAAACUCAGUAGAUAUUAUUAAUGUUUCUAUAUCCACUUGAGAUUAAUGUGUUUCCAUUUAAUACAAUAAAUUAGAAAUACUCUAUGUGCUUAACUAGGUUAUACGGUUUUGCUGGAUUAGGAUAAUCUCUUGGAUUGAAAAAACUGCAGAAAUUACUCAAAGGCUGGAAAAAAGUAUCUUUUUCAUAAUCAUAAAAAUUGUAAAACCUUUAAAGAAAUUGUGAGCAGGA